AUGCUGCACCAUCAAACUCAAAACCACCACCACAAUUACCAAGUACUUUUCGUCGGAAACUCCUCACUCGGUUUCGACGGUGGUGGAUCAAACAACAUGUGGUCUGAGCAGCAGCGGCAUCAAGAAGAACAUGAUAAUAGCCGAUUGCAUAGAAUGAUGGCUUGGAAUGCUAAUGCUAAUAUUAAUGUUAAUGUUGCAGAUGGUGGUAACAGUGGCCAUGGUGCUGGAUUCGUGUUCAGCACCCCCGCGCCAUCUUUCGGCGGUUUUGGCCAACCCAUCGCGUUCUUCCGUCUUUGUACCAACUCAGCAACAGCUCCAUCUAUCUCCACGGGUCUUUCUCUCUAG